AUGGCUACUAAGGAACUUUUAUGCUUUCUUUUCGUCUGCUUCUUUGCCUUGGGAAGUGCAGCCAACUGUACCUAUAAGAGUGAUUGUUUCGGUAAGAACUGUUGUAGAGAUGGGGUAUGCAGACUGAGUUGCUUUGGCUGUAGGCGCGACAGCCAUUGUGGAUCGAACGAGAGAUGCUGUAGUAAUACGUGUGCUAGAAGUUCCGAUAUUUGUCUCUGUACGCAGAACUACUUUUGUGGACGGGGCGAGCAAUGCUGUAAGCACAAAUGCACUAGAGAUUUGUCGUCUUGUUCCUGCACGUCCAAAGACGAAUGUGGAUUGAACGAGGAAUGCUGUAACAGCAUCUGUUCAUAUUCUUGUUCCUGUUCGUACGACUCUGAAUGUGGAUCGCUCAUGAAAUGCUGUAAUAGCAAAUGCAUCGGUAGUUCGUCUUCUUGCCAUUCCUGUACGAGCGACAACGAAUGUGGAUGGGGCAAGAAAUGCUGUAAUAGCAAAUGCAUCAGUAGUUCGUCUUCUUGCCAUUCCUGUACGAGCGACAACGAAUGUGGAUGGGACAAGAAAUGCUGUAAUAGCAAAUGCAUCAGUAGUUCGUCUUCUUGCCAUUCCUGUUCGUCCGACGAACAGUGUGAUAGUGGAGAGGAUUGUUGUGGGGGAGUUUGUUCCACAAACUGUGGUUGGAGCGGCUGGUAUAUUACCGGCGCAGUUAUCGGCACGAUUAUCUUCUUCGUCAUCAUCGUUUCCAUCGUAUGCUGCUGCUGCUGCGCUUGUUGCCCGUUCUACCGCUAUCGUACACCCGGUGCUGCAGUCGUCACAGGCCGACAGCCGCACCAACAAAUGGCCUCAACCCACAUGAUGACGAUGCAACAAGUACAUGCUCCUCCGUCGGUGAACUACAACCAGCUUCCUCCAGAAGGAUACAACCUGCCUCCUCCAGCAGGUUAUAACCAGCCUCCUCCAGCUGGUUGCGAUCAGCUUCCUUCAGGUGUCGGUCAAGCUCCUCCGGCCUACUUAAGCUAUCCACCACCAACAAACCAAUAUCCUCCACCGCCGGAACAAGCUCAACCGGCGUCGAUGCCAGUUAAAAUAAACGCCAAACAACCGAACGAGAUGUAAUUAAAGUAAUCUGCAAGGUAACUUCUCCAAGCACAUUACUGUUCCUGUGAAAUAAAUAACUUUAAGGUUUAUAUUUUUCAUUUGCAUAGAUGUAAACGUAGUCAAGUUACUAAAUGUUAUCAGUUUAACUUUUUUUUCUGAGGAUAGUUAAGGAAUAGGUUCUCUAAUCUUAAAUUAACUUCUAUUAAUCUUAGCCGCUGUAUAUUUGCAAAUUUAAACAUCUAUUUCGCCUUUGUUGUUCAAAGAAAAACAAAAAGUAGACAUAGAAUUCUUCUGGAGAUAGGAUGAGUCUGGCCAUUUGCACCAAUUUUCCAGAAUGAAUAUUGUAUUCUUAGAAAUGUAGCUUCACUUUAAGUGUCAUAUUAAUCUGACCUGGCUGUAUUUGACUGAGUCUAUGGUUCUAUCGACAGUUUUCAAUGCAUUUCCGCUCAUGAAAUGUUCGAGACUGCGAAUGUCGAUCGUUUAGCAUAGCAGACAAAUUGAUCAUCUCAGUAAUAGAAUUACUCAGUUUAAAGUUUUGUAUGAUGAGCUAAGUUGGUUUUACUAUAUUUGAGCUGCAACUUUAUUUACAGAAGUAAUAAAUCUUUUUUCCGCUUCAGGAAGAUUUGUUACUUUUCUAAUUUUACCUUAAGGUGAUCGAAUCUUUACCAGGUCCUUCCACAGCAAAUGCUAUGAGGAUUUCGAGCAGUAUUUUCAUUUGUGUGUUGUCAGUAUUUUGUUGAAUAAUAAAUUUCUGUCAAUCCGUC